AAAGGCAUCUAAGAAGAAUUAAACAGCUUUCGAAUAAAUGGCAAGAAUAACAAGAAUAGCGUUAGACUUCGCUUUGGUAACUGCUAAAGCCGUCAAGCCUGCGAUUGGUACAGCAUGGCAAUAUGCAAAAAUAGAAAUGGCACCGCCGUUAACUGUUGCAUAUUUCACCGGACGAGGUGGUCGCAAAAUAGAAGAGCUUGCAUCCAAAACAGCAAAUAACUUGAUCGCUGGCUUAGAAGCUAUGGUACGUGAUAUGGAAGCAGAAAGAUUAAGGCAAAUAAGACUUAAAGAGGAAGCUGUGAAAGCCGCGCAAGAGAAAUUAAAAGAAGAAGCCAGAAUUGCGAGGGAAAAGGCCGAAAAAGCUAAGCUAAGCUCAUCUAAGCAAUUAGGUAAAUCAAAGGUAACUAAAAAGAGAGCUAAAAAAGUUGAUACGAAGCCAAAGGCAAAGGCCAAAGCCAAGGGCAAAGGAAAAGGAAAACCAAAAGGAGGGAAGAAGCCCAAACGAGGAGGCAAAACGUGACAAUGGAACAAUCAUAUUAAAACUUUCUCUAUGUUAUCAAUUUCUGAUUGUGUAAUUUGUUGAGUAUUUGAAUAUGACAUUUCAAAAUUAUUUUUAAUUGAUAAAGUUUUAUUUAGAGACGUAUUUGCAUCCUAUUCCUGUUUGCUCUCUUGUUCGAAAAUAUCAUAAAUAAAUUUUUGUCCGUAA